CCCCUGUCCACCACGGAUGAACCCCAUCAUGACUGCGACUUGACAGAAUCCGACGUUCUCCACUUGGCCCCAAAAGUACUCCGUCCGCAACGUCGACUGCCACCUCCCGAUCGUAAACACUCUUCUCCUCCCAGCCCCCGACGACCCAGCGAUAACCAAAUCCCUUCCUCUGGCCAACCCCCCCCCAGAGCAUGUGAUACAUUUAUCUCCUCCCACUACUCUCACUGCAAGAACACCAUGUUCGGCUGGGGUCCUGGGCUGGCCUUACCCUCGGCGAGUUCAGAGCCUGAGAAGGAACGCAAUCCCCCCUCCAAUCCAACCCCGCUAGACUUUCCCGUCUACAACCUUCCCGACGUUUCCCCCCACGAUGCCGACUCGACCCUCCCCGAACUCUUCGGCUUAUUGGCCGCGAUCAAGCGCCCCCAGGAUAUCAACAUAGAUCGAUUCAAGGCGUUGAAUGUCCAUGUCGAGUCCGAUGUCGAUGUCCGCCGCAUGUUCCCGGCCGAUCAGGCCCGGUCGCUACCCCCGUUGCCCUGGGAAGACGAGUCGGAAAUUCAAUCCGUCGCUGCCGGCCAGAACCAAGACCAGGAUAAGGAUCAGUCUCGCCCACUCAUGAGCAAUGGUCUCCCGUACCCGACCAAAGACCGCUUCGAGACCUUGAAGAAUGAGCUAUUGCUGGAUAACGAGGAUACGUUCCGCGAGGUCGCCCGGCUGCCACCCCGCGAGGGCCGCGCUCGCGUGCGGGUGACCCAGACCAGGAAGUUCUGGGCGGGUCUGGAACAUAUGGCGCAAUACUGGGAUACCAGUUUGGAUAACUAUUUUGAGCGGCCGGCGUCGCCAACACCUCCAGCCUCGGUGGAUGGGGACAAGAUGGACACGGACGAUGCAUCCGGAGAUCUCGGCGAGCCUGGUCCAGCAGAGCCUACAAUGGACGUGGACCAGGAGGAGUCUGCGGAUAAUACUCCAAUAUUAUCCAAUGGCAACCUCGAUGACGGCAGCGAGAAGACCUCCCAGCCAAUGGUCAAAAGGUAUACCGGCCGGCGUGUUGGGGCAGGCAGUGAAAUGCCCGACGAAAUGCGCGACGAGACCAUCCGUGGAUUCGUCGAGAUGAUCGCCUGGCCAUUUGGCUGCCAAGUCACCAUUCCCACGCUCCCACCACGUCUCACCGUACAAAGCCUCCUCUUCCCCGUCCGUCAAUCUUUCCAUGCUGCCCGUUCCCCUCGCGACCGCACCAUCGCCCGCAGCGGCAUUCUCGAGGGACCGGUCCUCAUUGCGCAAUGUAGACCGGAAACGGGGUUCCGCAGCGCGCACGACGCGCCAGGUGCUGGCCUCGGCGAGGUGUGCGAUCUCUUCCGCGAGGUGGGUGGUAUGCUGCUGGCGGCGCAGGAGCGCGCGCGUGAGGGCGCGAUCGAGCUACGACCCGGUGAGGGUAAAUGGUGGACGACGGCACCACGGUUUGGUGGAGCGCCCAAUGACGGGAUCCUGGAUGAUCUAGUCAACGGCGCUCACGGCUUGCCGCUGCCAGACUCGAUGCUGGAGGAAGGAGGUGUGAAACCCUCGUCGCCGGCGGAGGAGCUGGAGGGCUCGCGCAAGCGGCACAAGUUUGAGCAUCCAUUCGUGACGUCCUUGGCGCGUCGGCCAAGUGCGAUGCGAAAGUUGUCUAGUGGGGAGAAGUGGAAGAUUCUGCAACCCGGUCCCAGUUUGUGGGAUAAGCGGAUGCGGUACAUGCAAAUUGGUAAAGCGAAGGAGAGCUCAUUUGAUGAUAUUUACAUGAUCUCCUCCAUAAAUCAUCACAUCUCCAUCCUCCACCUCCGCGUCCACAAGCGCUACCUCGACGUCCUCACCAACGGCUCCAGCCCUAUCAUCCCGGACCCGAAUGACGACCAGCCCUGGCACGUCCUCACACUGCAACGUACCAGGUGGUACGAUCUCUUUGACGGGCCAGACCGUGUCGAAGCGCUCAAGGGCGUUUGGGCACUAUUCCACUACCAGCUACGCCCGACGUCAGCUGUGAACACGCAAUAAUGAUACGAACUCAACCCGCGAUAUGAAUCUGGCAUUUUCUUCUCUCAGCUUCCGUUUGCUUUUUCUAUGGUCAUUUCCAUUCUCGUUUCGAGCGAUGAAGCUGCGCGUUGAUUCUGAAUAGCUACGGCUUUCGAAUAGACAUGUCUGUGUGAGCGUGGAUAUCGUUUGAUUUUGGGGAUGCGAUUCCAUCUCAGUACAGAGCGUACGUGGACCUGGGACUAUGAAUGGAUUCGAAUUGGCAGAUCCAGGUCGAGUGGCAUCGAUAAAGGACUCAAUUACCUUUGGGUCACUUGGAAGUUGAUUUUGCUUGUUCCUGGCUUACCUUGAGGGGUGAUCUAUGAUUUGGCUUGAUGGAUCGGGCCUGCGGCUUUUGAUUGUGUAUAUAGAACGUUAGGCUUUUGAGUAUAACUCAGAUCUUCCAAAACCGGAUUCAUUCUUUGAAUUUUCC